AUGAGUGAUUUUAGCAUCGACUAUAUACUGAAUCGUGCCGGCGACAGAUACAUUGGCACCAAUGCCUCCCUCGGAGUCCUGCAAAGACUGCGCGUAAAUAUACCGCCAUAUCAUCCGUAUGCGCAGUUGGCCGCAAUGCGCAAACCGCCGCCAUCGGAGGAGCUCGCGUCUUCGCCACCCGUGCAGCCGACGGCCACGCCAGCGCAGUUCGACGAUGGUCAGAUGCCGAUGUACGACUGGCUUCAGUAUACGCGCUAUCAUCCGCCCAAGUUGCCGCGGGCACUGCGGCAAGGACCCGCGAAACGCACGCCUGGGCGCCUGCCUCGCAUACCUUUCACACCCGCCCAACUUCAAGCGCUGGAGUGCGCAUACAAGGACUCCAACUAUUUGAGUGCCGAAGAUGCAAAUAAGUUGGCCGAGUCCUUGGAGCUUACGAAUACGCGAGUGAAAAUCUGGUUUCAGAAUCGACGCGCCCGUGAACGUCGCGAAAAACGGGAACGGGACGAAAGCUGUGACUCGACAUUCUCCUCAAAUGCAUCAAGUCCGGAACCAGAGAUGAUCGUCAUCGUUUAA